GAAACAGGACUAAAUUAAAGGAUCGAGAAGUAGCUAGAGUUGAAAUAAUGCCGUCUUCAAUAUCCUUGCUGCAUUCUGUGUCAUCUAUAGCGUAUGGUUUCCGCUACCGUGCGCCUUUAAAGCACACUUGUUUAUUCUACACUCACCAACUCCAUACUCUUCAGCCUCCCAACUUUCCCCUCUUCUCUUCCUCCUUUUGCCGUGUUCCUAACCCCAAUUUCUUCACGGGGAAUUCUCUCUUCUCCCGAAUGGAGCAUUUUCUGAGUGGAAGUGGCAUUAACAAAAACAAGGGAAUGAUUGAGCAGUUGCAAAGAUAUGGAGUAAUAAAAUCAAAGAAAGUAACAGAAAUAAUGGAAACUGUUGAUAGGGGUUUGUUUGUACCUGAGGGUACUCCCGCUUACAUUGAUAGCCCCAUGAGUAUAGGUUACAAUGCCACUAUCUCAGCUCCUCAUAUGCAUGCUAUGUGUCUUGAAUUAUUGGAGGACAGGUUGCAGCCUGGCAUGCAUGCUCUGGAUGUCGGUUCAGGAACUGGGUAUCUCACAGCAUGUUUUGCUCUGAUGGUUGGACCACAAGGUCGAGCUGUUGGUGUGGAGCAUAUACCAGAGUUGGUUGCAUGGUCCACCAAGAAUGUUGAAAGAAGUGCAGCAGCUCCUUUGUUAAAAGAAGGGUCUCUCUCAUUGCAUGUUGGUGACGGGAGGAAGGGUUGGCCAGAGCAUGCACCAUAUGAUGCUAUUCACGUUGGAGCAGCUGCAGCUGAUAUUCCCCAGGAUCUCAUCGACCAGUUAAAGCCUGGGGGAAGGAUGGUGAUUCCAGUGGGUACCUUUUUCCAAGAUCUCAAGGUUAUAGACAAGAAUUUGGAUGGUUCAAUAAGUGUUCGAAGUGAGACUUCCGUCCGUUAUGUUCCACUGACUAGUCGGGAAGCACAGUUAAAGGGCACAUAACACUGUCAUGUUGGGUGGUGAUAGUCUUGGUUACCCAUUUAUAACUAGCUUCUGUUUCCUUUGCAGUUUUCUUUGAUGCUUUGUACAGUUUCACCUCUUAGCAUGUAAAGAAUGAAUAAUUCAGAUGAUUCUGUACUUAAUCUCCAUGCUAAUUCUCUCCUGUAGUUCCUCGAUGAUAACAAAGCUUUCAAUGCAAUUUUCUUGUUUCUGCGCCAAAA